AUGGCAGAAAACACAGGUGCCUCCCAGCCAAGAGUCAGUAAUACUCAGAAUUCCCCUGUGGAGUUCAGUCAGGUUGUUUCAGGUCAGAGCUCAGAGAUGCCUACCGGGAAACAAACAGUGAUGACAUCUGCAUCCUGUAGCACACAGGAGACCACCUGUACUCAGAACUCAACAGCACACCCAGGACAAGCUAUUGAAUUCCAUAUUGGAGAGCCAAGUGAGACCUCUUCUUUGAACCAGCAAGUUUUGUUUGAUGAGCAGAAUAAAUCCCCUGCAGGCCCUCUGCUCAUGCAGCUCAACAGCACCCCCAAGACUUGCCUUCCUCAUCCCCAGAAGACAUCAGUACUUGACACCAAGGAUACUCUCUACAAUGAAGGCUACUGGAUGAGGACACUGAGCCCUGACAAGACUGUCUUGAUCCAAAAUACAGGCAUGUGUGAGAGUCAGAUGAUUACCUCUGGUAAUCAUCAAAUUGCUCUCUCUGGAAGCCAUGCAGGCCAUGAUCCAAAUGUGGAUCACUUCCUUGCUUCUGUAAACGACCAGACUCUCAGUGGUGACCUUGAGAUGACUUUCAAUGAUGACCAGACAUCCUACUAUAGUCAGCUGACAACCAAGAAUGGAGGGCAUCUGACUCUCUAUGGGAAUCAGAUGACAACACCUAGUUAUAGCCAGGCCCUUCAUCCCAAUCAAAUCCUAACCUCCUUUUCUGAACUGAAUCUUUUGGGGCAUUCAAAGAGGAACCAAGUAGCUGAUAACAGAUCCUAUGGAGAUCAGAUGAUAACUCCCAAUGGAUACCAAGUUUUCUGUGAGCCUCAGAAGAGAGAUAACUGUGACCAGAUAAAGCAAGGCUAUCAGAUGACAACCUUCAGUGAGUACUCCCUCUCUUGGUAUCAGACAUCAGGCUACAGAUGUGACCAGGAUUUGAUUGGGAAUCACCAGGUGACAAGUCCAAUUCGUGGUCAGCCUCUCUAUGACUUUCAAAUACCAACCUCCAGUUUUGACACAACUCUUCAUGGGACUAAGAGGACAGCAUCCAGUGCAGAAGACAACCUGGAAUGUCAUCCGGAGACAAGUCCCAGUUCUGAAGAGUCAUUUUACUUGGGUCAGAUGAGGACCUCUGUUGAUCAGAAUAUCUACCCAAGUCAGAAUGGAACACCCAAUAUUGAAGAAAGCCUUGAUUCUCAGGUGACUUCACUUAGCAACCAAGCCCCAUAUGUGAGUGAAUCCUCAUAUCUUUCAAGUUCCCCUGUGAUACAAAGACAACCUCAGGAAAGCUCUUCACCUUCUGGUUUGAUCCAGGGACAGCAUCCAGAGAUGAACUUAGACCUCAAGACCCAGAGCCCUGUGUCCCAUAAGACACCUCAUACUUUGAAGCGCUACUACUGUACUUACCAGGAUUGUAAUAAAUUUUACACAGAGUCUUAUCACCUCAAAGACCACAUGAAGAAACACACUGGUGAGAAGACUUAUGCAUGUGAUGUGCCUGGAUGCUCAUGGAAAUUCUACCGGUUUUGCGAUCUCAAGAGACACAAACUAAAGCACAGUGGGGUGAGGCACUACCCAUGUCCCAUGUGCAACAAAAGCUUUUCCAGAUUGGAGUACCUCAAACAGCAUGUGAAGCCAUGUUCCAGCAUCACUUACCAUUACAACCUGACUGUCCACAAAUAA